AUGGGCCGCACAAUGCGGAAGAUCGAUUUUUUUUUGCUUCAUGCGCCACUGAGCAACUUUCAUACGAUUGAACGGGGGCCCGCUUCCGACGCUGUAUCCAGUUCUCUUUAUACAUCCAUGUGGUGGAGGUGGAGGCAGAGAGGAGCAGGAAGAACCUGGCUUUGUUGUCAGUUCGGCGAAACGGGAUCUGUAUCCGGAGUUCAAGAAGAAGUCUGGGCUCUGUUGUUGUAGGCGGCGUUGUGACAUCAUCAGUGUGCGGCGAUCAAUGGCCCGGCGGCGGACAAUGAAUCCGCAAGAGCGAGAGGAUUUGAGCUGCUAGCGAGAGGGUUGAUAGAAGUAGAGUCUGCAUAGAGUUGGACAGUUUGUCUUUAUCAUCGUUUCGUAGGAGUGGGACGACCGUCUCCUUGAGAGCUCGCCGGAGGUGAGCAAACAUCCAGUUGAAGAUGUUAAUUGCUUGGAAAAGAGCUGUGUCCAAGUGGGCCAUUGCGUGGAUGCCUGUGGAGCAUCUGGAUCCCAGCUGAUCAGAAGCGCGGCGUCUGGAAGAGAAGGGUUCCAUGUGGAUGUGGUGGUGAAGGAGAUAUCUCGUUGGUACUGCUGGAUCUAGUCGUGGGCGGUGUGUUGCCAAGGAACAUGGAUCACGGAGCACGGGCAGGAGUAACAGGACUAUGGACCUGAGCCUGCGAGACGCUCUGGGUGGGGGUGGAGGUGGAGUCCAAGGUGGAGCCCCAGCUGAGGCCCUGCUGAAGAGAGACUUUGUGGCCACACUGGAGAAAGAGAGCUAUGAUGACAAGGUGGGAGAGACAGUCUCCAAGAGCGACUACCGACCCUUGCUGGACGGAAAGGAUACCAAGAGUGGUCCUGGGAUGAUGUCGUCGACGACGUUAUCAGGGGGACGCCAAGAUCCACCAGGACAGCCUGCCUUCAGCUCUGACUACCUGUCUGGUCCUACGAUGGGCGGGAUGACAGACCAGUGGAGCCAGAACAAGACAAAGGACAGCAGCAUGCCUGACUCAUUUCUAGGAUUCUCUCAGUCUGGGAUUGGUGGGACCAUGGGGUCCAGCCUGCCACCAUUCCAGACCAGUAUGGGCUCCGCUCUUGGCCAGUCUGGGAUGGGUUCAGCUAUGGACGCCCAGAAGAGUUCAAGCCCGUUUGGUUCAGAGCCCAAAACCACCAGUAAUACCAGUGGAAGCAGCCCUUUUAAACCCAGUGAACCAUUUUCUUCUGGCGGCCCAGGAAUCCACUCUAUGGAUCACACUACAGCUCCCAUCCUCUCUCCCAGUGGCUCAGUGGAUGACAGCAGUCCCUCUUCCUCCACCUCUGAACCCCUCAGCCCCGAGAGAGCGGGGCCGGGGGGCGAGGCUGGCAAGCAACAGCAGAGACGGAGGAAGAAGAAGAGGAAGGGCCGCGACGAGGUCUACGACUUCUUGGAUAGCCAGGAGAAUAACAUCAGCCAAUCUGACAAGCAUGGGAUGCAGGAUGAGGGUGGUCGGGAGGUGGAGGAGGAUGAGGAUGAGGAAGAGAACUGGGAGUGGGAGAUCAGAGAGAGUGGAGGAGGGGGUAGAGUGAGAGGUAGGAAGACUAAGAGUCGGGCAAGACUUCCAGAGGAGUGGGGAGUGCCCCACCAGCCUGACUCUCCUACACUGGCUACAGUCGGUCCUACCUUGGCCACAGCAGCUGACUCUGGUCCUUCUGACUUCAAAGCUCUGAACUCCAGCCCCAGCCCUGUUUUGCCCUCUGCUCCUGCACAAAUACCCACAAGUUUCACCAAUCGUUCCCAUGCUAGCCUAGUAACAGAUUCGUCUCCACGCUCCUACGAGCCCAUGUGUGUAGAUGACUUUCCUGUAUCUGCUAAAGACGGACAAAAGGCAAAUGAAGAGAAAGUUGCGACCAGCAGACCUGAACCUAAUAUUAGCUUAGCAGCUGCUGCCAGCAAGAGUAGUGUAGCUGGGGAUGUUAGCGGUAGUUUAGCAUUGAUGACAGGGGACAAUCUGAGCCCUGUCUCCCAGACCUUCUCUUUCCUCGAUUCAGUCCUCCAGACCCCGCCAGGCUCCACUCCAGAUUCACAGACCACCACCCCUAUCACCAACACCCCCUCCCUUGCUACCACUCCCCUGACAAAGUCCACACCAGCAGGAACAACAGCCCCUGCUUCACAAACCUCUUCGGUUUUCAACCCCUCCAAGAACACUCCAGACCUCCCUCCUACUUCUGCUUUGUCCACCAACUCAUCACCCUUAGUUUACAAAGAAACACACUAUCCUACAGCUGCAGUUGGGUCGGCCCUCAACGUUGAUGCCAAGCCUUUUGUCCCCUCAGCCUCACUCAUAUCCUCCACAGCCACCCCCACUACAACUGCAGCCACUCCUGUUGUUAGCACCGCAGCAGCAGCCUCCUCUGGAACCACUGCUAUUGCAUCCACUACCACCUCAACCAUGCCCCUCAGUUCCACUGCCCCUCCCACUAAAAGUGAAGUCACCCAUCCAUCAUCGUCAGACACUCCCCCUAAAGGUGUAGCCACCUCCUUUAGCAUAGCCACUCCCUCUCCCUCCAUCACCCCUGCAGCCCCUCCCUCUCUCCCUGCACACUCAGAGCACCAGGAGUCCUCAUCGCCACUGCUCCCCCUACUGGAAGUGAAAUCUGACAACAAGGACAAGCAGGAGAAGACAGACAUCAUGUCCAGCAAGACAGAGAAGAUGGACACCUCUGACAAGAAAGAGAAAGAGGAGCAGCAGAAGAAGGACAGCAGUCCAGACAAGGACCUGAAGUCCGAGAAGAUUCUCAAAGACGAGGAAAAGACAGAGAAGAUGACUGCAGAGAAAAACAACAAAGCCAAUGAGAAGGCAGAGAAGGUGGACAAGCCGGAGAAGACCGACAAAGAUGAGAAGAAGGAAGAGGAGAAGAAGCCGGCUGAGAAGGAGGAGAAGGGGGGGAAAGGGACUGCCAAGUCUCCAACAGGCAAUGGCAGCAAGACCCUGCCAAGCCCUGACAGCAAGAACAAGCCUGACGUGGGUUCAACCAAACCAAACUCAGCCAAAUCCCGCCCAUCCACCCUCUCCACCAGUGGCGAGGCCACCUUGGCCAAACGCCCUUCCCCCACCACAGCCUCAGCCAAUAAAAAAAGCCCUGUACCCAAGGCGCCCACACCCACCGCCACUAAGCGGCCGCCAACAGCAACUGCCAAGGAUGCAAAGACUCCAGAAAAUGGUACGGCUGAGAAACGCCCACCUGUGCCAAAGGCUACUCCUGCUCCCCGUUCAACUGCCAAUAAGAAUGGUUCCUCUGCAACUGCUGCGAGCAAAACUGCUGCGAGCAAGAAUGACAAGCCUGAGAGCAAGACAGGAGAGGCCAAGAAGCCCAAACCUACAGCUCGUCCUCGUCCAGCCUCCACCACCACUCCUGCUACCCCGGCUGCCUCCACCAAUGGUGAAGCUGCUACCAGUCACCGCCGCCGGGUUAUCACCAAACCCCCUGUGCCCAAGCAGACCGCACUGGAGAAGAAGCCACCAGUGCCCCGUGCUCCUCGAACCCCCCGGCCUAUCAAUGCACCAACACCGGAUCUGAAGAACGUCCGCUCCAAGAUCGGAUCCAUUGACAACAUCAAGUACCAGCCUGGUGGAGGAAAGGUCUCCUCCACCCCGAACAAGACAUCAGACCCCUCCAACCCUGCGGCCAAGGCCAGAGUUCAGAUAGUGCACAAAAAGCUGGACUUCAGCCAUGUCACGUCUCGCUGUGGCUCCAAGGACAAUAUCAAACAUGUCCCUGGAGGUGGCAAUGUGCAGAUCCUGAAUAAGAAGGUUGAUGUGAGCAAGGUGACGUCCAAAUGUGGCUCCAAGGACAACAUCAAACAUAAGCCAGGUGGUGGUGAUGUCAAGAUUGAGUCCCAUAAGCUAAACAUUAAGGCUAAGUCUAAGAUUGGAUCCAUGGACAAUGUGGGGCCCGGCAAUGGACAGACCAACGGACACAAGGAGGAGAAGGCAGAGGAGAAGACAUCACCACCAAGUAGUGCUCCAGCAACAGGACCAGCUGGCGUUGCUAAGGCAACAGCACCAGGAGGUGUUGCUAAGGAGAAUGGGGUGAAGGAACCCACAGCUACUCCUUUUGGGGGAGAUGGACUGAGGGAGCCCCUUAGCACAGACAAACGCAUCACUGAGACAAAUUGAGUCUCAGUGACCUGUAGUUUUUGGUGGGACACACAUGGCGCUCGCCGACCUGCCAAUCAACCGACCAACCAACCUACCACGGCGCAGUCACUUCCCUCUGGCCCCGCCCUCCAUCUCGCCCACCGCAGCACCAAACUGACCGUUCGCCUCUCAGUGUUUCUCUGGGGUCCGCCGCCUGCCAGCUUCCCGCUACCAACCCUGUCCUUUGAGCUCUCAAUGCCCUCGGGUUGACCUUUGGCCCUGCCUACCACAGAGAAGAGCACUUGCUGUUUGUCUGUGUUUCUCUGUGUGGGGUUCCACCAGCUUCUCGACUGAUAAAGUUCCCUCGUAAGCACCCCAAACCCCAAAUCUAACAACCUCAACGCAAUAAAUCCACUAUUGUAGUCAGUGCUGUAUGGAAGUAUACUGAGCAUAGCCAGUUUUUUCUUCAAAUAUUUCCACCUAUGAGUCUAAUUACUGUUUAAGCACUAGUCCUCAUAGUCCAAAAACCCUGCUUCAGAACUUAGUAAUGAGGCUCUGGUCCCUCUUACAGGCCCUCACAAUUCAAAACCACCUUGAUCUCCCAAUCUUGUUAGCAGACAUUAUGCUAACACUACUUUUUACCCCACCACUGCUCACAGUCCACUUGUCCGCUGGCUACCAGCCAGCAGCAGGGCAAAUACUAUUAAGUCUGCUUUAAAUACACAUUUUGCAUCCUGUUAUCCAGCCAGCAAUCUUUCCAAAUCUACAGUAUCUAUAAUACUUGCACAAUGUCUCACUAUAGGUAACUCUACAGCUCACUCAUCAAACAUGUCUUCUCCAAAUCCAUUGCAAUUGUUUAACCUUGGACUAUUAAUAUCAUGAUGCUCACAGCUAGCAGUGAUCGGUGCAAAGGACAAGGGCUGAUGAAUGAGUAGUUCAAAAUCAGUGCAGAAAAAGAUGCGUUCAUUUAUUUGUGAGGGAAAUUUUAUGCCCUAACACAAGGCUGCAACAAAGCAGUUACAAUUAGAAAACAUUUAAUGGUGUGAUAAUCAUGAGAAAGGUGGGCAUAAAGUGAUUGGGGAACUCUGCUGCUGCUUUGGUUAGACUUGGCUCAAAAAGCUUUUGGCACUGAACACAGGUAUUUGAUCUGGCAUCCGAGAAUUUUUAAGUAGGAUCACAGUUAGUAUUUGACCUUGAAGGAGUGAAUAUUACUUAAAGCUGAAGGUUUAACCUUAAACAGGCAUAUUAAACCACUCCGUAAUCCUAACUCUAUAUGAUGAGUGUUUAACCCUAGCCCUAAACUGCUAGCAGCUGCACCUUUUAUUGCACAUAAACCAUUAACAAACAAUAUACUGUAUGUAGCACUUUCCUUAUUGCUGACAAUGUCAACCACCAUGUCACAGGCUGCUGUGUAAUUCACUAAAUCAACAUGCACAGGUCUAUGAAGUGUAUUAUUAUAGUGAGUGUGUCAGCAUGACUAAACAGUUAUGUUCACAUUCUGCUGGCAAAACUGAACCUGUAACACUUUUAUUGAAAUCAGUCCUGGACACAUGGUAUUAGCACAAGUCCACAAACUACUGUGGAUAAUUCAGCUCUGUAGUUUGGGUUGAUGAAAGUAUUUUUAAAAAAGACAAAAAACAAACAAAAAAAAAAAACACACCCCAAGCAAUAGACCUUUCUCAGUGUGAGACUUACAAACCCUUAACCUUUAGCUCUAAAUGAGCUCACAUACUUAUAUCUUCCACCCUUUGCAUGGCAUACAUUUCAGGGGCACCAAUCCCUUAAGUGAGGGAUCUCCUACACCAUAACUCUUUAGUUCCCACACAGUGUAAUCAUUACAGGGCAUCAAGCUUGAUCCCAAACCACCUCAUACACCUUAUCUUCUUUGUGGGGGACCCCGGCAGUCACUAUGAUCUGUAUAUAGCAUAUACAGUCUACAUGUGUCUAUUAGAGACAGACAGACAGACAGCAUCUUUCUUCUCUCGCGCAUGUGGCACCUCCUGGUCAUGUGGUUCACUCCAGUGGAGAGGGGUGGGGCUACAGACCGCCACCCUCUUUUAAGUCCUCCCACUUAGCCGGUGCGUUGUAGAAUCCUCUCUGUGAAACCUGCUAACGUUCUUCACGCACACACACACACACAUACAGCACACACAAGCGCAGAGAUACACUGGAAAGCACACACACGCUUGUUGGUGUGCAUGCACACAUACACAAACAGAAAUACCAACACACACACACACCGUAUAAUACACACAAACCGAAAUCAGCACCCUAAAAUAAAAAAAAAAACGUUAUGUUGCUCAUUAAAGCAUCUCUCUCUGUUCUAGAAUGAAACCAACUCUUUAUUGUGUUUUGGUGGUCUAUGCUGAUAUUGUUAAAACAACGAUGAGCUGUGUCGGUGUGUUGUUCCUAUCAUAGUCAUUGUCAGACAUUUUCAUCAUAGGCUCACCUCACCCAGCUUUCAUCUCGUCUAUUUCCUCUUCCUUUGUUUCACUGCACCUCUCUGACAGCAAUACAGUGAUCUUAGCUGGGGACGCCUCCCGUUACCCACGCAUAUAGAUGGCGUACAGACAGAGAGAAAUGGACAGACAGACAGAGAACGACCACAGAAGUUAACAGAUAGUCAGGAGAGAGGCAAGUUGUGUCAUUUGGGGGGAAUAAUGUUACAUUCAUGGCAAGUCUGAAGUUGGAAUUUUCUUUGCAACUUUAAAAUUAUUUACUGAUUUAUUUUCUAGAGACUCUGUCUAGUAGAUAGAACCUACUAAAAGCUACAACCAAGCCACUUGAGGUGACUGCUGCACAGUAGCAGAUGAUCAAAAUGAUCAAGUUUCUAGUUUAUAUUUUACCCUACAUCUGUAGUGUAAAUAGAUGGAAGCAAAUAGCUUUUUAGAAGUUUGUUUUUUUAUAUUUUUGUUCAGCACUUUCUUGUUUGUUUUGUAUAGGAUAUCACUGGAUAUUCAAAAGUUAUUAAAAGCAAAAAUUCUCAAAGAUUAAAAAAAGAAUGAUCAAAAAAUGAUUUCACUACACUGGACAGCAGGAACUGCCCAGCUCCAAAAUGCCAUGAAUGCAGCAGUAUUUCAGCAAGGCAGAACUAAGAAAGGCCUGCAAAUACUGUAGUUGAGACCAUCCAGUGGUAUUUGAAGUUGUCUUUGAAGGGAACAAAUCUGUUCUUGUAAAAUAGAGAUCCACAUUUUAAAGAAAAGUUUGAUUUUUUUCUGUUUUUCAAAAGAAUCAUACAGUAGCACGCUCGGUUUUAAAGGGAAUGAAAAUCAAAGGUUGAUAAGAAAUAAGCAUGAAGUCGUCAUUAUUUCUGCUCAGUUUCAGCCUGUUUGUACUAUUUUAAUAUAUCACCAAAAAUUCAAUUUUGGCAUUUUUGAGUCUUGUAAACCAACACUGUGAUGUGAUUUUGAUUUUACAGAUCAAAAACAUUAUUGUGUGUGAAAGAAGUAAAACAAGUAGAACCAGCCAUCUUAAUGAGGAAGGCUCUUUCCACUCACUGUAAUUCUAUGCAUUGUGCAUUAAAGUCUGCGAUGGUCUCCGGUGAAACAAUGAAGGAUUAGUGACGUGUUUGUGGCGUGUUGCCGUAGUUGUCAGAUGUGUGAAGUGUUACCACUGCAUCCAUCCUGUAGAGAGCGCUGACGAGCCUCUGGAACACUGAUAGUCUGGCUCUGAGACUUCAAAAAAAGGCUGACUGAGAAAACUUACAUCACCAUUAGAGAAGCUACAGUAGACCUACAUACUGUCUCUCAUCUAAAUUAGCUUUGAUGACCAUGCUAUAUUAUUGUGUCUGGAAUACUAAAUACUACUCAAAUCAUAUUAAUUAUGUACAGCUCCCCUUCAAACUCUAAAGUCUUGUGCACUUUGAACACAGUCUUGUUCAUUUCUUGAUGCACUGAAGUGAUAUAAAAGUUGCUUUAUUGUAUAUUGGUCAAACAUUGUCAGCUGUGUACUGUACAUGUGUGCUUUUGGGAGCAAAACAGUCUUGGUAGUUAGAUACAAUUAUGAUAAUCAAAGAGCAAGUGAUCAAAUAGUCAACAAUAAAGACUAGACAACUAAAAUCACCAUAUAAGCAUAUUUGAUAUUGUACUAUUCCCUCAAAAUCAUUCUCAUGAGUUGCCUAUAAGUAAAACAUGAUACAUAUGUGUGGAUCAUAUGUGAAACAAAAAUGUGAAUCUUUCUUCAGGAAUAGAAGAACAAAGGGAUGAAAGCACUUUGCUAGGUGUAGGUAGUGGUGUGUGUAUAUAAAAUAGGAAUAAGUAGUAGUCUUAAUGUGCGUUGGAAGCUCAGUGUAUGAGUACGUUACCAUAUGACGGGAUGAGCUGAUGUUGUGUAUCCUGGAUGACACAUUGGUACUCUUUAUCUUGGUCAACUUUGUGGAUUUUAGUGGAGCUUUGGUCAUCGGUGUUGUGCUAUUGGCUAUGAUGGUUUAACACUCAACUCUCCAGUCUGCCCUCAUGUUGUUCCUGGUUUUUACUUUUUGACCAAGCUACAAAAUCAAAUUUCACAAGUGGGCAAGUUUAUAGUCAGCCAGGUUAAAGGACCACACUGAACUAUGAGGAGCGUGGCGAAUAGUCGCCUUACUCAGUAUGUUUCACAGAUAGAAUGUUUUCUCUUGAAUGAUUUUCAGCACUUCAGCAUACAGUAUGUUCAGUAACUGUAAGUGAUUAGAAGUAUCAUAAAACUGAAAAUGAGUUUAGUGUAGAAAUAACUUCAGUGUCGCAUGGUUAAAUCUUUUUUAUGAGAUGUGUGUAAACCUUUGAGGUUUGUACUGCGACAUGUAAAACAGAAAGAUUUGAUGAAACAAAUGCACUUUGAAUGACAGAUUGCUGAAAGAUUUAAAGCAUUACUUGCUUGAGUGAAGUUAGCCAGACAGCUAAAGUUUGUGGAGCUGAUGUGCAUUACUAAUGGUAAAGAUUUGGUUAUGUCUGUUUUAUAACUUAUGAAACUACAGGCCAUAAAAGACAAACUAAUAUUGUGACUUUGCCUAGCGGUAUCUGUGUAUUUGUCGGCCGAUAAGUAAUGAAAAGUUGCAGUAGUACGUAAAUGACAAAGAUAUGUUUGAAGUAAUUUAGAAACAGUGAUGUAACUACAAAGUAACCAGAAAGUUUAGUUUUCAACUCUAAAAUGUCCUGCAUGCAGCAUAUUUUGGUCUUUAAUUAAGUCUUUAAUCACCUAAUUUAGAGGAAUACUUAUUAAAAUGUUUCAAGUGUUGAUGUACACAAAUAAGUAUCACCUGAUAAGUUGUUAUCAGAUUUUGAAAACUCAAAUAUCUGUAUUGGUAUCUACGUCAGAAAUCCAAUGUUGGUUGAGCUAUACUUCACAUACUGUAUGCUAAAGCAAUAGCACGUGGACAGAGUUGUUUAUUAGAGGAAAAUGGUUCCAAUCCUCCCUUUAUAUAGUUGGAGGGGAGACUAAUGGGCUACUUUAUCUCUUAAAGUUUAGGUUUAAUAUAAUAACAGUGGAUAUGAGUAGGUUUAAGACUAGAAUUAUCAUCAGUAUCGUUAACUGAGGUAUAAAGUUAAUGUUGCAGCUUGGACAAAAGGUAAUAACCAGAUUCACUCUGAUGUCCGUCCACAACUGUUUGAUCCCCAGUUAUACUGUAGCGCUUGAAUACCACCCGUCCACUAGUAUCUCACACUGCCCAUUGUAUAUAGAUACCACCAUGUUUUUAUCACUCUAGAAGAAACUCAAAUAAAUUAAAAUCAAACAAAAACAUAAAAAAAACUUACUUCUUAACAGGGUGUUGUGGAUGUCGACAGAUGAGCUUUCAUGUUCAUAAACCUGUUACUGUUAAGGUUAAUAAUGGUAUUAUUAUAAGACUGAAAGCAUAAGAAAGGAAAGGUGUACUUUUUCUUUUUUCAGAGUCUGCCUUUUUUCCUCCAAGAAAAGGGCUGCUGAAGUUUAAAGAAUGUUUUUAAAAUGUAUUAAAGAUGCAAGAUUAUGAAUACAUGUAUGAGGUUUGUCUCUGUUCUGUUUUGGAAGAUAGAUCACAUAUGGAAACACUAUUUACCGGAUUCAAACUGACGGGCAAGAAGGGAGGCGGUGUGUGUCGUGUUUGGUAUGAUCUGACAAAUGACUUGGAGAAAAGUUAUGCAAAGAAAACCUGGAAUCACAGAAAACUAAAUGACAAACUUAAAAUUGGUUGACAAAGUUCAGUUCUUUCAAAAGACCAAAAACAAUCUAAUUAGUUUCCACAAUCUGAUUGGUUUUCGCUUCGGUUUGAAAUGCACUAAAUGUGGCACUGGACACACACUGGCCAGCCCUGUCUUCCGACUACCGCCACCCCCCAGUCAGACUAACAGUAACCAGACUUAGUCUUUUGGCAUGUGGUACAAAGUAAUGUACUGUAUUAGACAGCUCCUAUAUAGACACCUUGACAUACCUACCAACACAGGACUGAAAUAAGGGAAGACUUGGACAAAAUUAUCUGUUCAGUGUUAAUAACAAAGGAAAAUCAUUUAAACUUUUGGAACAAUGUGCACUAUUGAAAAGCAUAUAAUAAAUUAAUUAAUAUUGAGCUCAAAACUACAUUUGAACUUGAACUGUCCUUCUAAAAGAGACAGCUAAUUGCCUGAAAUGUAACAGGACAAAGUGAGAAAUCCAGAAUAAAGUGGAGUGUUGGUAGAUAUGCACCUGGAGCCCCUAGCUAUGUCUCCCACCUACAGAGGCUUGCCAGCAUCACAGUGCUGAAAAGUAGUUUCUCUACUUGUGUUCUUCACCAUACCUACCAGAUUUAAAACCAGUAUUCUAACUGUUAACUGUUAAACUAUUGUAUGUUGGCUUUUUUUUUCUUUUGCACUUACUUACUUUGGUUGUGGGUAUCUCCUACAUGUCCAAAUCUGUCAUCAUAAAUUAAGAGGAAACAAGCAAAAUAAUCUACUUUUCAGUGCUGUGGAAUGGAUCCACUGUAGUGUGUGCUGUUUUAUUCUGUAGGGCACAACACCAUAGCAAGAGCAUGCAGAAGACAAACAAACUGCUGGUUGUUAGAGGCAUCUGUCCUAUUAGAUAGAGCUCAUCUCCCCCUCCAAUUCUGAAUAUUUGGUAUGAAAGAGAUGUUCAUUGUGAUUAUUUGUUAACCAGUGAUGUGAAUAUUAAUCAUGAAAUAAAAAGAUGAGCAAAGGA